GUAAAAGAUGCGAAUUCACACUGCGACUUGUGCAUCAGUGUGCGGAUACUUGAGCAGGCAGGCUGCCCUCCCAGCCUGUCUCUCCGGCUUCAUGUGAUGAACGUUUCCCCCCCCAGCAGCUGAUGUCUGUGUCUGCAGGCAGCAUGAUAGCAUCUGUUCACACUCCAGUAUCUCCAGUGGGCAGACAGUGAGGACCAGUCGCCACGAUGCGAUGUGUGUAAGGGACCAGAGGCGGUGUUGUGGCGCCCGGCGGGAUGCUGCUGACGGCCGGUCAGUAUGACUUUGCUGGACUUGUGGCUGUCGCGCUCCAUCCCCAUGUGCCUGCUCCUCCAGAGCCUUGUCCUCAUGGCCCUGUGCUUCCCCUCGGCCAGCAUGUGUCCAAAGGGCUGCAUCUGCCAACGUGACCUGCACCUCCACGGCCUCAACGUGACCUGCAGUCAGUCCCGCCUCAAAGAGAUCCCCCCCAGCCUCCCGGUGGACACCGUCCUGCUCAGGCUGGACCACAACCAGAUAGGCACCGUGCCAGAUCAAGCCUUCCACGGACUCAGGCUUCUGAGGGAGCUCAACCUUUCGUACAACGCGGUGGAGACCUUAGGGGAAGGAGCCUUCAGCGGCAUAGAGGCGACGCUGCAGGUGCUGGACCUCUCCCACAACCGCAUCACUAGCGUACACAAGGAUGCCUUCGCUCGGCUCAAGGCCCGCGUCAUUGUGGACGAUAACCCCUGGCAUUGUGACUGCGCCCUGCAGCAGGCCAUCGGCGGGAUGGCCCACAACCACGAGGCCGCCGCCCGGGUCCUCUGCAGGAGCUCGGAGCUUCGUGACCAGGAGGGUCGACCUUUCUUAGCGGUGGACACGGACCUCUGUAACCUGGCCAAAAGGACCACAGACUACGCUAUGCUGGUCACCAUGUUCGGCUGGUUUGCCAUGGUCAUUUCAUAUGUUGUGUAUUAUGUCCGGCAGAACCAGGAGGACGCCCGGCGCCACCUGGAGUACCUCAAGUCUCUCCCCAGCAAGCCCAAGAAACCCGACGAGGCUGACGAUAUCAGCACCGUCGUCUGACGUACACCAAAAGCUAUUGUCACAGGACGUUUACAGUGUUUACUAUUUCAAACUUCUAAGUGAUGUGAGCAUCAAGUCUGCCGAGAGAUCUUUGUAUUUUGGGAACUUCUGUUGUUCGUACCAGGGUUUGUUCACGACCGAGAGGAGAAGGGAGGCCGCAGAGUCUGAGAGUCCAACGCCAACAUCGUCUUUUCUACAGAAACGUGCUUAUGGAGCUUAGAAUUUUUUUAUCUCAGGUUUAAACGUUGACAUGAUAAUGGCUUCUUUUGUUUUUAAAGAAAAUUUGGAGUAUCUGAUAAAGAAAAAAAAGAACAUUUGUAAAACGUGAUCCCUAAACUUCACUUCCAAAAGCCGUCAUUCUGACAUCUCAAAGAUCAGACUGACUUCUUUCAUAACGCUUCAAAUCAAACGUAAGUUAAAGUAUUUGUAUUCGCUGCCUGCUUAUGGAGAUUAUUAUCUGUGUAAUAUUUUAAAGCCUCAGAUAUGAGCAGAUGUUCCAUUCAGACAAAUCAAAAUGUAAACAGAUUUUACAUUUAGUAAACCAUGUGGCGCAGAACAUAUGGACGCUCAUUUCUGCCAAGAAAAUAAUGAUAAAAAAUAAAAGAAAUGUGAAAUAUUACUUUAUUAUAAAUGAUGAAGUACCUUUAAGUCAAAGUUAAGAGAUAGUAAGUCGAAAUUGUAGCUUUUCUUGUAAAGUAACACAAAACUAAGUAUUUUUUACAACUGUAGGCUUUAACUUUAAUGAAGUAAUAAUAGUAAGUGAAGUAGCGCACUAAAUAAAAGCAAAAAAUACAAUAACAUUGUCACGUAAGAAGCUCGAUCCGCAGAAUGUUGACUUACUAUCUCAUCAUUUUAAUUUAAUCUGUCAGUUUGUACGUUUCAUACUUUUCUUUUCCUGAUUGCUCAGCGUGAAUUAUUUCCAGAUGAUCUGAUGCAACGUUUUUGUUGGCAUUAUGAAGUGAUUCUCUGGAACGCUGCUGAUUUCAGUUCUUACAAAGAUACGUUUAAAUACAUUCAAGAUAAGAUGUAUUCUGUGACGAUACAAAGACAGAAAUAUUUCAGUGAUUACAUUUAAACUUUAAUUUUGCAGCAAACAAAGAUGAAUAAUUAUUUAUAUAAGAUUCGUUUAUCUGCCUUCCUGUCAAAAUGAACGUUACGUUUAUCAAGAGAAGAAUUUAUGUAAUUGUUUAAAAUAUUCCCAAAGACUCAAUCGUACAGAAAGCCUCCGCACAGGGUCGCAUGUUUAAAAUCUAUUUUAACAUAUUGAAUUUAAACGUGUGUGUGUUCUUGUUUUGGAGGCAGAACGUUACACGUCUUCUGAGUUUAGUUUAUGGUGCUAUGUGUCGGUACAACAUUUCAGAUCCUCCCUUCUCUCGUCACACAGAAAGCGUCGUCUUACAAUCUAAAGUCAUUCCAAACUCCAGCUGAACUGCACAACCUCCACUCGCCGGGGGACACCGUGACAUCACUGUUGGGUUACAGGUGAUGAUGUCAUUUGCAUGUCCUGUUCCAAAGGUUGAUUCUUUCCCAUUGCAGCUGAACAGUUUAUCCGAAGCCUUGUGCAGAAUCCCUUCCGCUACAUGUCAGUGAGUUCCAGAUGUGCGAGCAUUGUUUUGUUUUCCAGUCUGCGUGUUUGCACACAUGCAUUUUGAAUUUUAUUUCUAGUAUAUUUAUGCCUUAAAACAUUAUCAAACUUGGUGCGGUUAGCUGAAAGCAAAUGGUGUCCAGUAUGAAUCCAUUGGUUUUGAAUUCUAUCUGAAUUAUCAGGAAGAGUAAAUGCUCGGUGAAGAACUGUAAUUGAAGAUCUUGAAUGUUAAGGAUGAAGAAAAAGUAGAUAGCAUUUUUUUAAAAGGGGCCCCAAAGUGUAACUGUUCUUGAGUUUGUUUCUACAAAAUAAUCUUAACUCGCGGUUCAAUUACGAUCUUCUUCCAGAGAUUUUGUCCUAAUCUGUAGUCGUCAUCAGCAGAUGGAGUUCGCUCAGUCCUCAUGGAGCUGGCAAAGUGUUCUGGAACAUCGAUCAUGUGACAAGACUUGUUCCUAUUAUACUAACGAGACGAUCAUGAGACUCCCAACAUAAGACCAGGACAGACGCUGCUGAAUUAAUGUGGACCACAAGAGUAUUCAAGUCAAGUCAGCACAAAACACACUUUUUAAGAGCGGACCCUCGUGGAUCAAACGCUUCUUUGGCUAAACAACAAGGAUUUAGGACAAAACACAUCAACAUCCAAAACAAUCGACUGUGAAGGAAGUCAAAGUCAUCGUCCAGGAGUUCGUCGAGAUCAAGAACCUCCCGCACCAGAAAGCUUCUUUGAACCAGCCCGAUCCCCUGGAGCUUAGGACCCCAUUGGAAAGUAAAGGUGUGGACGUCACGUUCACCUUUUCAUUUACCGGUACAACAUGUCCCCCGAAUCUCAACCAAGUGUUUUCAUCCCCCAACGUCAAACACACCUCAACCGUAGCUUAUUUACCAUAACCACGAACCUUCCCGAACAGUAACCAAGUGUUUUGUAGAAAACAAGACGUUAAAACUUCCCUGAGCUUCUUAUCUUUGCCUUGUUAUCACGUGUUCCUUAAAAACUCACCUCUCUCUGUGACAGCUGAGCAAACUCCCUCUGAGGAUGAAGGCACGUGGCCGACACAGCGAGUAAGUGAGUUAAGAUUAUUUUGUCAAAGAACUUUGUGUCUUAUUCGAUGUUUUGAAAUCUAAGGUUUCUGGGAACAGGCUGUGUUGUACUGUACAUUUCUUCCUUCAGUUUGUGAAGUCUGUUCCUGUCGUCUUUAGUUAGCUGUUGUCAAUCAGAGUCCGUCUUUGUAAAUCUGUACUGAUCAGAAGAAAGCACAAGACUAAAUGUCGGUUUCAGUGGACUCCUCUUGUUGGUGUUUUGUUGUUACUCCAGUCCUUUAGAGUCGAUGCUGUUUACUGUUAAUUGUUACCGUUUGCCUUUCACUCGAUCUCAUUCUUCGCGGGCCCUUUGAAGGGGAGGACAGUUCUCUCAGCGUGGAGACGAUACGAUCAUCUCACACAAACAUCCCUCAUUCAAGCCGAGCUGCCAGUGCAUGCAUCAUUCCCCUUUAACAGCACCGUGUACAGUGACGUUCCAGCAGUGGGUGACGACAACGUUCAUUUUCUCAAAUGGAGGAAAUUAGAUUUUCACCACAAAAAAAAAAGAACUAAUUUCAUCACUACUUUAAAUUAUAACCUAAAGAAAUGUCGACUGGUGACACGAUCCUGGGUGUUGCUGAUAUCUUGUGAUACAUUUCAGUUCAUGUUUUAAUUGUUUGUCACAGAAUUUGUACAAUAAUGGUUGUUAAAAUGACGUGUUAGGGGAUAUGCAAUGAGUAUGUAGGUAGAGAACAUGUACAUAGGAACGUUGAUGUUGUGUGAAACACUUGAAAUCCCUUUAAUUAGUUGUUCUUGAAUGUGCUGAAGCCCUUAGCCUUGUCUUGUAGAGGCGACCUCAUACUCCUCAUGACAGGAUCAGGACCGGCUAUGAGAUGCAUGUACAAAGUGAAGAAGCACAGUGUAGCCAAGGACCCGAGAGUAUUUCUAAGUGCCUGAAUACUUCUCUCACCUUUUGAUUUACUUUUUUAUUCACCUCUUCUUUCUCCACCUCUGGUCUUUGUUCUGAACACAUACGCCUCUCUUAGUUUAGUUCUGUGGAUUUGUAGAUUUCAUUUUGCAAGUUAGAAAAAAAAGACACUGAAUGAACCAUGCUGAUGUAAAGAGCUCAACCGUCCUGUAUCAUAUCCCAGUUCUCCGUGCAGGCAGGGUGCGAAGCAGACUCACGAGAGGAUGAAGAUGUUCGCGCUGACCAUCACGAUUGUGUUGUAACGGCUUCACAGAGCCGACAGAAGGUUAAAUAAAGGAGGUGUGCAUUGGUC